UGUAAUAAGGGGGCGGGGCGGUUGCGGCCGGACCCGGAAGCGGCGCGGCUGAGUCACCUCGGCGGCGAGCGGCGGCAGCGGCGGCGAUGAGGCAGCAGCAGCCGCGGCGGGCGGCGUCCUUCGGCGGCUGAGGAGCCCCCGCGCCCGCCCGCCUGCCUUCCCGCCGCGCCUCCGCCCCGCCGGCACCAUGAUGGAGGAGAUAGACCGGUUCCAGGUGCCCGCCGUGCGCGCCGAGAUGCAGCCGCUGGAUCCAACAGCUGCAUCAAUUUCGGACAGAGAUUGUGAUACGAGAGAGGGAGAGACUGUAGCCAUGAACUAUAAGCCGUCCCCACUUCAAGUAAAAUUAGAGAAACAGAGAGAGUUGGCUCGGAAGGGCUCUCUGAAGAACGGCAACAUGGGAAGCCCAGUUAAUCAGCAGCCUAAGAAGAACAACGUCAUGGCACGAACAAGGCUCGUCGUUCCCAAUAAAGGCUAUUCAUCAUUAGAUCAGAGUCCAGAUGAAAAGCCACUGGUAGCCCUGGAUACGGACAGUGAUGAUGACUUUGACAUGUCCAGAUAUUCCUCUUCGGGAUACUCAUCAGCUGAGCAGAUCAACCAAGACUUGAACAUCCAGCUGCUAAAGGAUGGGUACCGGUUAGAUGAGAUCCCAGACGACGAGGACCUCGACCUAAUCCCCCCUAAAUCGGUCAACCCUACCUGCAUGUGUUGCCAAGCCACCUCCUCCACCGCCUGUCACAUCCAGUAGUGAGGCCGGCAGGCUGUGAUCAGUGCUUUCCACUAUAACUGUAAAACUUAACAGCCAUUGCUUCCUCCUAUGGUAGGACGUGCACCUCUUUGUGUUCAUGGAGCCAGGAGAAACCAAAAAAUCCAUUUUAUGAUUGGUUGAUAAGUUAUUUUAAGCUAUGGUUAAACAAAGCAGAAGUUGCUCGAAGUGCCAGGCAGUGCCUAGCAGAACUGACUGGUCUGGAGGAUGAAUGCAGAAGGGCCCAAAGAUACCUCCUUGGUAGGCACUGGAGAUGGUUUGUAAGGUGUCUGUUUCAGAAUGUGAAGGAUCAGAUGGGGCUCCAGUUAAUCCUACCCAACAAAACCAAUCCAUCUGCAAGAUCAGGGUUGAGUCUGAGAUGCCAGGGAUUUUUAACCAUGGAGGAGGUCAGUUCUUAAUUCAUUCACUAAACCUGAUCAGUUUGUGUCAACCAAAAUUAUUCCAUAAUCAGGGCACAGGAAUGGGAGCAGAGUAGGGCAUCCAAUAUUAUGGCAGGUCUAGCCAGGACUAACAUAACACAAUUCUUUCACUUGCAAAGAGAACAAGUAGGUGGCGUUUCACUCUGAGUCAGUACUAGCUAGAGCUGUUAUGUCAUAUACCAAUGCAAUCUACCCUUAGUCCACAUUAAAUUAUCAUCAAUCAGAUCAGAUUCAAUCUGCAGUCCAUCCAUGCUUUUCUGGGAUUCAGUCCUUGCCUGAGAAUACCAUACUCAUGAGUUCAGUCCAGUCACAUUUACUGACUUCAGCCUAUACUUAAUUCCUGUGAAACCCAUAUGCUUCCAAAAAUGUUAAAUUUUGUUCAAAUAAGAAAAAAUGAACCCUGCAGCAAAACAGGACUAGAGCUGUACAGUCUGAAGGUCAGUACAGAAAAAGCUAGUUGAAGAAAGAACAUUUCUGUGGGACUCAGCCAUUGGUAUUCUCUUGACACUGAGUCUUUUCGUGCUUACAGAAAAGAUUUGUUAACACUGAAGGCAUCUGUGUGGUGGUGUCAGACAUUAGCAGAGUUUUCAUCAACAAAGGGAUUAUGAACAGAUUCAGCUCAAAAAAAACCAUGAGAGGAAACUGCUGUUUAUCCCAUCUCUGCCUUCUUCUGAACCAAGUUUUGUUUGUGUUAGAACUGUCCUAUGUAGGGAACGACUGUGCUUGUUUGGUGCUGGAAUAAUCAGGAAACCUGGUGGUAAAUUAGGUUGCUGGACUGAAUUGCCGGUUCACCAACCAUUUGCUUUUAAUGCAAAUUCACUUCUGGAAUUAGGACAUGUGUUCUCUCUCUGGUCAGUCUUUAACUGUUGGCUUCAGAAUACCUAGGACUCAGGUUAUGGUUAGGCUGGCAUUUUUCCCUGAGAUGAAAUCCUUUGACACAGACACAACUGUGUGUUUUCCUGCUCUUUCAGGAAGAAGGACUGCCCGCCUUGCUUCUGUGCUUGCUUUAGAUCCUGGUGAAGGCAAGAAGUGAGGGCAAUUCUAAGUUUCCCAUGCAAAUUUCCUCUCAAAAUUCUUCUGCAUCACAGGAAAGAGCCUGAAUUCCACCCUUGAAGUGCAGAUCCUCUAUUUGAAAUUUGCACAUAGUGAGUUGAGUCUUUAAAAAGUCCUCUUAGCGAUUAGGAGAACACUUAUUUUUAAACAUCAUGGGUUUUUAACUCUGUGCAGUGCAAGGCAUGGUAUUGUCCAUGGCACGAUUAAAAGAUCAGGCAUUCAGGAACCCGUGGGCUCUAUUAUUCACUAGCUGGCUGUGGCCAGCCACUAAAGCUGUUUGCCCCCCUCCAUAAAACAGGGGCCUUGCCGUCUCCCAGGGAACAGAGAGGAAACAGUGUUGUUUACUAAGCAUAUUUGUCUCCCCAUGCAAAAGUGCUAGUUAACUUGCCAACUCCUCUAGGAAGAGAAUGCUACUUAGCUGUAUUUCUCCCCCUUUGUAAUCACAUGGUAAGGCUGAGAGGGAAUAUUUCCAAAAUGUCUCUUAAGAAGCACAAACCAUCAGGUCCCCAAUUCUUCGCUUCUUCCUUUGUGUGCCUGCUUUUCUCUCCAGUGCUGGCUCAGGUGUGAGAUUAGCAAGUUGACUGGAGAGGGUAGAAGAGCUCUCACAACACAGGCUAGGGAGAAAAGAUAAAGGGGGAAAAAACCUUCCUUAAGGAUUCUUUUUCUUAAUAUGAAAUCUGGUCAAAGCUUAACAGAAAUCCCAUGGUCAGAUCAAAUCCUACAGGGCAUGGCCAAGCCUCUUUAAACAUUCAUUGUCCUAAAGCAGGAUUGUGCAAUUCAGCAUUGGUACUACGCAACUUCCUUGUCGUAUUCGUGCCCCUGGGUCAGUGUUUGUCCCUUCCAGCCAGGCUGCAGAAGCUCGACCUUCCCCAGAGCCUUUGCCCCAGAGCUAAGAGCAUUUGGGCGUUCCUGCUAGAGCAAUGAGGCGUCUUGCUUGCAAGGGUGAACCUUGGCAGAUUGCGGGUCCCACAGGUCUCUGUCACGCUAUCUCCGUGUUCAGGCAAAGAUGGAGCGAGACAUGCUGAGACUGAGUUUUCCAAGGCUACACCUCCCCUCUGAAGGACAGACCUCCCCUAAUAACCUUUGCCCAGUGCAGCAAUGUGAAGUCCUUUUAUUGCCCCUAUUGCUGGUUCUGGUUUUUGCCUGCCACGUGCCCUGAAGCAACCCUACAGCCCUGCAGUUGCCCCCAACCCUUUGCACUGUGUGAUAUGCACCUGCUUUCAGCAUAACCCUUUAGGGUCCCUGGGAGGAAACUACGCUUUUGCGUACAGGACUGAAAGAGAUGAGUUUAAAUAUUAGCUACACCCAGUGCUUCCCUCAAAUACAGACAGAAGCACAAGCCAAGUGUUUUUUCCUGCUCACAGAAAGAGUUGGUUGCACAAAUAGCUGGUUUGGCACGAUAGUACAGGACCAUAAAAUGGCAAUUUUUUGGCUUCUCCUCUCUAUGCUUUGUGUUCAUAUAUUUUACUAGGGGAAUAAAGUAGAAAGGGUGGGGAAAAGUAGUUACCUGUGUAGGGUUGUUAUCAUGAAGGCUGAAUGAAUUAAGGCAAUGCACAUGUGGCUAUCACAGAAAAUUGACCACUAGCCCUUCUGAACUGCAGCCCCUUAAGCAGGUUAUGACCGUGGGGUAUGUUUGUUGGCUCGCUGUGGAAUACGAUGGACAACCCAGCAGGACAUAUUAACUGCAGAUUGGGUUGGCUCUCCCUGUCUGGUCUUGUGUCCAGACCUUUGCUCCAGCCAGAAAGUUUUCCUUGUGCCCUCAGUGGAGGUUAAGCUGUGGUGACUCUCCCUGGGAAGGUGUCUAGAUAUGUCGCUGUUCUGUCACUGCUCUCCUUAGACCAGUCUGUGCUGCCACGGCUCAGAGAAGGCAAGAGUGAAGAGCGCAGCCCCGGCUAUCUGUCAUAGCAUUAUAAAGCCCUGAAGUCUGCAGAGUUUCUGGGCACUCUUCUGGCUGCAGAUUGCUUGCAAGAAAGCAAAUCAUGCCUUGUUCCAGUCUUUGCACUAAACCGGAUGAUCUUCUCAGGCCCCAUUUUCAGUUCAAAGCCCUGCAGAAUACCAAGGGGAGGAGCACAACAGAGCAUGAAAGGCUGCAUCACCGUCAGUCUAAAUUACCAUGCAAAUAGGAUAACUUCUUAUAUUGACACUGGCACCUCCACAGAAGAAUUUGUAUUUGAUGCCCCCUAAAGCCAGGCUGGGUUUUUGUUAGGACCUGUAUAAUUUUAGUCACCAGAUUACCUGAGUGUAAGCAAAUCCUUUCCUUUUAUCAGACGUUAAUCUUGCCCCUGAACAUGAGCUGGCUUUGGACUGCAAGGUCUCAGCACUCAACUCUUGUCUCCCCUGUCAGUCUGUAAACUCCCCAUUUCCAGAUACCUGUGUUCAAGGAAGGCUGAGGGUGAAUAUCUUGAUGUUGAGAGGUCUCUAGGUAGUAUGGUGUAGCCUGCUUUUCUGAUGGUUCUAUUAUAGGAUUUGUCUGGAAGAAGGCUGAUAUCCAGACAACUAUCCUAAAGGUUCAUCUGAUCAGACAUAUCUUGAUGCCAGCCUUUGGAAGAGCACUGGAUCAUUUCUGACAUUUCUGCAUGCCUGCAUCCAACGUGUAUGUUCGGCCAUUGGGUCAGCCAUGCUUGUUUGGUUGUCUUGCCUGCAGAUGCUUUGCAACUGCAAAAGCAGGUGGCCAAGCCUGCUGCUGGACUUCAGAAGGGACUUCAGGAAGCUGUGCUUACCCACGAACAGGAUGGACUGGGCUGCUUCUGGUUUGGCUCUCCAGCUCCUUUCCCAGGAAGAGGCACCUGCUCUGCUCAGUUGUGUGUUGGCUGACAGAUUUGUGUGAAAUCCUGAGCAGAAUCCUUUCCUCUCCAUGCAACUGUCCUUAGAUUGGCCUGCAAGCUGUACAGAGGAGUGCAGGAGGCUUGGAAAGUACAGCACCCUGUAUGUGACUGAACAAAAACAAGAAGAUGCUUUUGAAGAAAGGAAGGACCCAGCUGGGUAACAGAUGGGAUGGCAGAAAGAGGAAAACAAGCAGUAACUGGAAAGGUUGCCAAGUGCUGCCUUGGCCUAGGGCAGAUCACAGUUAUCCAAGUUAAUCUAUCUCAGUACAUUGCUGAUACCAGCAGAAAGCAAAGCUCACUUUCAGAUGCACACACCAGAAACAGUGUUCCUGAGCUGGCACCACAGCCAGAAUACUGCUGCAAAGUCUGCUGGACUGUCAGAGCACAGAAGUGUGAUCUGGUACAUGGUACAUUUCCUGUAACCUCAGGCAAGUCACAUCCCUGCUCCAUGUCCAUUCCCUUCUGCAGCAUGAGGGAGAAACCUGCCUUCCCAGGAUGCUAACACCACCCUGCAUGGAUGUUGCCAAGUGUGUUUCAGGCAUCAUUGGCAAGGUAACUCUGCAAGCAAGAUGCAAAAAGGAUCCUGUAAAAGUGUUACAGAUAUUUUCAAAGUACUACAAAGAACAGCAACAAAGCUCUUUCUCCCUCUCUUUACUCACUUCUGAUGUUUCUUGCAUGUGCCAGAAGGCUGCAGGGUGGAUGUUAAUAGAGAGAUUGAACAGCUUUGGGGGCAGAUGUUUGGCAAGGAUUCGUUUCCAGUUAUUUGGCAGCUGGCUUUUACACAGCUGGCUUCCCGAUCUGCAUGCUGCCAGAAGGAAUGUGUAAAGAAGAUUUGAUGGCCCAAUAGCACCAUCCCCUGCUAGCAGAGUUAAGGAAUUUAAGAGUGCAAGUGGAUUUACAACUGGGAUAGUCAGUAUUAAUGGGAAGGAAGGGAGCAUUAAAGGACUCAUUUGUGAUAUUUCCAGGGCAGUUUCAUGCUCUUAUUUUUUAACAUCCGCAUAAUGAUUUGGUAGUGUAAACAAGCAGUUUUUCCUAGGCUCUUCUUUUACUUUCUGUUCUUCCUUCAAGUGCACCCGGGAUAUGGCCACUCUUACCUAGAAUGAGAUAGGCUUGGUAUCUGAACGCUGCUUGGCUCAGCAAGCACGAGCCAUCAUGAAUUUACUCUGGCUUUGACCUUGAUCGCCCUUUAGAGCUGACUGUUCACAGCACCCUUCCUUUCGACUUCUCGUGUCUCAGAAGAAACAUCUGCAUAGAUGGGAAAGCACACAGCAGAAGCGCAGCUGGAUUACAGUACUGAAGCUACUGGGAAGGCAUGGGAAGAUGUUCAUUUUAAGGUGCUUUUCAGCUUCUAGGAGACUGUGACAUCCUUGUCACUUCCUUUCAAGGCUUUCCUGUGCGAGGGAUUGCUCCACACUUUGAAACGUAUCUGAUCAGACAAACCUGCCUGUGUUACGGAGCCACACACACCCUGAAGCAGAAGGCCCAGCAACUUAGCAUAAUGGAAGAGUUGUGACCUGGGAUCAGCUACAAGAGAUUAAUGCCAGACUGAUAGGGUGCAGGAUUCUCACAGGAGCUGGCCCCCACAUUUUAACUACUUGUCUUGUACAGCUGAGCUGCUGCAUUGAGGGAAGCCUCCAAAAAAUUACAGCCACAUCCACUGCUUUGGCCCCCUUGAUGCUGGUGGCCGUGCUGAGAUCACAGCAGCUAAAUGCAGUCUGGCUGAGUGCUCCUCUGACAGUUUUCUAGGAAGGCAAAGGCCAGGGGCUAAUUGAGGUUACCCAGAGCAGAGCACAGCGGCCCACGCAAGCGGUGAGCCCAGGAGUCGUGUGGGAAACCACAUCGCGGAGCUGCACUGACACUGGCAGCACCGCUUGCAGCUUUCCCCUGCAGCCACAGAGAGCAGCUCUUCCCACUGCUUCCCAGACCCAGCUACCAGCAAAAACUGGUGAUGGGUCUGAGCCCUUCUUUUCCUCGAAAAGGCUGCUUCAGCAAAAAAUGUCUUUGCCACUGGUAGGAGCGUGUCUUGCUGAUUGUGCCUGGUCCAUGAAGCAGCCAUUUCCAUAGUAACAAGUUGUGAUAUAGGCAGUGGGAUUACAUCAGGAAGGGGAAGGUACAAAGAAGGCCUCAUUACAAUGUGGCUGCCUCAAACGCAUAACUGGAUGCCAGCACAGUAGGUACCGGGAAAAGAAAAGGCCACAAAAAAGCCAUGCUGAGAUAAGUCCCAAUACCCGCAGAGAUGUUUGCCCCCUGGAGCAGCAUUUCUCCCCUAGUUGCCCAUUCAGCUGCCCUGAGUGAGUUCACGUGGAAACACAGCUCUCCACCCUGACUACCCUCUCAUGUCUGGGUUGGGUGGCUUCCAAAAAAGCUGGGACUCCAUUUGUUACCCAUCCUCCUCAAAACCACAUGAUUUGGGAGACACAAAGUUUGUUGAGAGAUAUAAUACAGAUCCACAGAGAGAGCUGGAAAAAUUGGGUAAGCUGUCUUCAUAACAGCCCUUCUGGUUUCUAUCACCUUGCUCUCCUUCCCCAGCUCAUAGAUUUCUCUGCUCAGUUUCCUGCAUGGAAAAGCUGCCAGGGAUAGCGGAUAUGUCCGACUUGUAGCCACCUCUGUCCAGAGACAAAUCAAAGGCAAACAUCAGACCAGCAGGAGAUCCAACAAACAUGACGGUGGGUUAGCUACAGAGCAGACCUGGAUUUCUCUUCAAACACCCCAGUGGCCCGAGGGUGCUGGGGAAGGCUGUGUGGUUGGAGGUUAGCCAGACUAGUAUAAAACUUCUGUCUCUGAUCCAGCAAGCCGAGCUGGUCAGCUUCCCCUUUCCAGGGUCAACAUUGCAGGAGGUCUGGAUCCAGCUCCAAGCUUGGGGAUCCAAGGCCUGCCUCUCAGUAGUUGGGUGCUACCUUCAUGGGUCCAAGACCCGUGGCAGAGGUGGGGUGGAAGAUCUGUCAGCCAUCCCUUUGCUGCACAUGGCAGCACACUCUAAGGCAAGCAGAAGCAUUGGUAGGGCCAUAGUUCUGCAGAAAGGCUUUUGCCGAGGAUGAAGUCUUUGCAGGGGAGAAAAUUCAGAAAGAUUUUUUUCCCCUUUUUGCACAUUUUUAACCAUUUUUACUCCUUCCACUGGGGUUACUGAACCCUCAGUUUAAUAAAGAAGGAAAUGAAUCACCAUUAAAUGGCUUUCUAAAGGGUUCUGAAAGCAGGCGCCACUUGCAUGCAGAGACGGUCUGUGUCUAACACGCUACUUCCAGACCUCAUUUUGCAUCCCACAGAUGAGUCACCUUGUGUGCUGUGCGGGGACUGGGGUGGGAGAAUCAACGCUGACCAUCACGUCAAACAGCUACAGCUUUCCAAGCAAAACCAAAAGAAGAAUCAGACAAAGAAGGGGGGAAAGCAGCAGCAGCAGCAACAGUAAAAGUAUAACUAGUUGUCACAGGUAAACUUCGGUAUCCGUGUCCAGUGGUUAGUUCUAGAAUCGCAAGCCUUGUUAUAUUGCACACGUCCUCCUUUCACUCCUCUUUUCUCAAAGCAGCCAUUGUCUUUUUUUCCCCAUGAACUAAUGAUGAGCAGCAGAGGCAGUUGUACCAAAAUGGCUCUCAGCCCAGUUCUGCGUCCCCCUCUCCCACCCAAACCCAAGCCAGUCUGGACAAUUCUUGGCCAUCACAAGUCGUAAUUUUUAGUAACUCCACUUGAAUUUCUUUCCUUGUGUACCAUAGCUUCCUCCACGAGUACUCUAGCAGGGCAGUAUGGGAGGCUCUUGUCGUGUCCCAAGAAGCUUCUUUGCCCCCUGGCAGCACCUUGCAGACAUGCACCUUACUGGGAAUGUGCUGGGUCAAUGUUGGUGAGAUCUGGCACUGCCCGUCUUGCGUAUGUGGCAGCUGAUGGGAAUCCACCAGGGGAAACUGGCAGGAAGUGGCUACUAUCCUUUUUCUUUUCUUUUUGGAGGGAGAGGAGGAUUUUUUUUAGCAUUACGAUUUAUUGUCCAUCUCCCAGUGGCCAAGUUAUGGGCUGCAUUAAUAUUUGGGGUUGACUGGCUGUGCAGGCAGGCGUGGAGCUUCACACUGAUUUUCAUAGCUAAUGCCAGAGCCUGGAUACAGAUUGGUUUCUCCCUUACUGCAGAGAGCUGGCUGUGCUUUCAGCAGUGUCACUGGCACCAGUUCACAAUUACUGGCAGACAGGUCCGAAUCAAAUUUGAACUUCCAUUUUGUGUCCUCAGCUUGAAGAAAACAAAACCCAAGUAAAUGUUUCCAAGGUCUCCUUUCACCAUGCGGUAUGUGGUGCCCCAGUGGAGGGGAUGGCAGGAAGCAUUUGUGGGUCACUGGAAGCAAGAUCCUUUUUGGAUAUAUUUAAUGAAAAUGUCUUUCAGGCAGAGAGACCUCCCGACCUUUGCGUAAAUCUCAGAGCAGGAGAUGUAUUUUUGGCUGUCCUUGCAUAUAGUGAAACAUAGCUGAAACAGCCAAAUGCAAAGUAGAGUUAAACAUAGGAUUUGACCUGAAUAACCUUUUAAUUAGGAAGAUAAAUUUGUUGUAGCUUGACCUUAGUCCAUGUUAGAAACCUGCUAAUCAUUUGACAUGCAGAGUGUAUUAAUGCCGCACUUAACUUGGCCAUUGGUUUUAUUAUCUGGUUUGGGGGUGUUUUUUCACUCCUGAAGCAUCAAUUUGCAUCUGGUAAAGGUUUUAAUUUUUCUUUUCCAUUCAGAACAUGUAGCACACUGUUGUACUUCUGUUCCCGUCCGCGUAGAGUAUUGCCUUAAACAGAUCAGUUGUGUUGUGGUUUGUUUUGGGUUUUUCUUUUUUCUACCAUCAGUUUUAUGCAUUAAUUUAUUUAAAAAUGUGUUUUUUUGAAAAACAUGAAACAUGUAUAAUAUUUUUUUUAACAUUUCCAUUGCAGUAUUUAUCAUUGUUACUGGUUGUGUGUAGUGUAACAGAACUAAUGAUAUUAAAAAGCAUACAUAUGAAAA